AUGCGCCUCAUAAAUGUAGUGACCGCCCGCCUUGAGUCAUUCACGAGCAAGGUCCCGCGCUACGCGAUUCUGUCACAUACGUGGGGUCCCGACGGCGAUGAAGUAACUUUCCAGGAGAUGCUUGUCGAGCCUGAACAUCGGCCUCCGCGAACUACAUCCAAGCGAGGAUACGAGAAGAUUCUGAAGACUUGCGAGAUUGCGAAGAAUUACCACAAGAGGAGCGUCGAAGAAGGUCGUAUAGAACAUGUCUGGAUCGAUACUUGCUGCAUCGACAAAAGCUCCAGCGCCGAGCUAAGUGAAGCCAUAAAUUCUAUGUACAACUAUUACCGGGAAGCGGACGUUUGCUUCGCCUAUCUGUCCGACAUGACUACAGAUCCAGAGACAUUUGAGAAGUCCAGGUGGUUUACCAGAGGCUGGACACUCCAGGAAUUGAUUGCACCAAAACAAUUGGACUUCUAUGAUGGUAUCUGGGCUUACCGCGGGAACAGGGUCAGUUUCCAAGAGACUAUAACCAGGAUUACCCAUAUCUCAACUUUCAAAAACGUGCUCGAUCUCCCAGUCGCUGUUCGCAUGUCAUGGGCCUCAAAGCGAGAAACCACAAGAUCCGAGGACCUUGCCUACUGCCUGAUGGGAUUGUUCGACGUCAACAUGCCGCUUCUUUAUGGGGAAGGAAAUAAGGCGUUUGUUCGCCUCCAAGAAGAGAUCAUCAAACAGAAUCCUGACCUGUCCAUCUUUGCCUGGACGGAUCCAUUCCCAUCCAUGUUUUCUGGGCUUUUGGCCAAGUCUCCAGAAUGGUUUAGCGAGAGUCACGAUUUAGAAGCAGCGGCCAGUAUCAACACUGUCUACCGUGAAUUCUACGUCACAAACCAGGGAAUACGAUUCCAGUUUCCGCUUAAGUUUCACUACCCAUCCGGAUGUCUCGUGCUGCCACUAGGGCAUCAAUCUCAAUCCAAAGGAAACCGGGUGGGUGUAUUUUUGCGUCAGACAGGCAAUGACUUCUGUGUCAGGGCGUCUCCUGACGCUCUGGCAGAUGAAGAUGCAUGUCGUCGCGCUGGGGAGGCUAUCAUCCAAGUCUCUAAGGUACUAUCGCCAAAAGACGUGCAUGACGUACGCCAUAAUGGGAUUAUAUUUCCGGAAGCGUACGACCGAUUGCGUAGCAAAGGUCUUCAAAUGGGGGUAGUAGCUCCAUAUGGGUGUUGGGAUCCAAAUACUAGGAUGGUUCAUGCUGGGCAUAAAGGUGCCUUCGAGUGCCUGAUGAUCUUUGAGAUGGACGAGCCAUGCCGAGCGUGGAACAAGAGAAUGGGCCCUUCAUGGAACUCAUUCGGAGUAAUCUUCAAGUACGAGGAACGACGAGAAAGUGAUCGGCGGUGGUUAUAUAAAGUGGUCGACACUGACAACGCCACCUUCUUUGAGAAAGGACCACGAUACAUCCUCGACUAUUUUCGCCAUCACACCGACUUUGUUGAGGGACUAAAAGAUGAUCUGACUGUACCAGGUGGUAUGUAUGUUGAGGGCCAGAUGGAGAUGCAGCAGCUUUCAAUACGGCUUGUACCAUGGGACCACAGUAUGGGUGCCCAAAUUUCCAAUAGUAGGCGUCUAGGUCUUGAGUUCCAGUGGAGAGCAGCCCGAGAGCAUUUCGAGUGGACCGCAAGCCAGGAGCGUAGUUGUUAUUGUUAAUGCUUCACCAUUAC